GGGAGGGGGGGGUCUUCAGAGAGGGCCAAACCAGAGGGAAAAUCUCACUUCGGGCUGCACCAAAGUUUUCAGUUUCUCAGAUCUCCGCCCCUCCAUGUAUGUUAUAUAGUGAAACCUGAAACUGCAGCAGGCCUGUAUUUGGUGCCCCACUCUCUUCUGGAAACUGUCAUUGUACAACAUUAUGAAAGGACGCCCGGGUGAAAUUGAGAACACGUCCAAGGUGGACCCCUCCAAUGGGCAUAGCAGGCCCCUGGACAUUGUGCCCAGUACGGAGGAGAAGAUGACAGACAGGGGUCAGUGGGGCAACAAGCUUGAGUUUGUUCUGUCAGUGGCUGGAGAAAUUAUAGGCCUGGGGAAUGUCUGGCGUUUUCCCUACCUUUGUUAUAAGAAUGGAGGAGGUGCCUUCUUUAUCCCAUACCUCAUCUUCCUGUUUGCUUGUGGGAUCCCGGUCUUCUUCCUGGAGACGGCUUUGGGUCAGUACACCAGUGAGGGAGGUAUCACCUGCUGGAGGAAGAUCUGCCCUUUGUUUGAAGGGGUGGGUUAUGCCACCCAGGUGAUAGUUGCUCUGCUGAACAUCUACUACAUUAUCGUGUUAGCCUGGGCCAUCUUCUUCCUGUCCAACUCCUUUACCUGGGACCUGCCCUGGGCCUCCUGCAACAACACCUGGAACACAGAUUCCUGUAUGGCAUUUCAGAGGGGGAAUAGCUCCAUCAAUCACCAUGAGAACGCCACCUCUCCUGUCAUUGAGUUCUGGGAGCGCAGAGUCCUGAGAAUUUCCCCAGGUAUUGAUCAGAUUGGCUCUCUGAACUGGGACUUGGUUGUCUGUCUGGCCAUUGCCUGGGUCAUCUGCUACUUCUGCAUCUGGAAGGGAGUCAAGUCCACCGGCAAGGUGGUUUACUUCACAGCCACAUUUCCAUAUGCUAUGUUACUGAUCCUGCUGAUCAGAGGGGUCACCCUGCCAGGAGCCUCCAGGGGAAUCCACUUCUACCUCUACCCCGACCUGGGCCGGCUGUCUGACCCGCAGGUUUGGAUGGAUGCUGGAACCCAGAUCUUCUUCUCUUAUGCCAUCUGCCUGGGCUGCCUCACUGCCCUGGGAAGCUACAACAAGUAUAACAACAACUGCUACAGGGACUGCCUGUCCCUCUGUUUCCUAAACAGUGGCACCAGUUUUAUUGCAGGCUUCGCCAUUUUCUCCAUCCUGGGCUUUAUGUCCUACGAGCAGAAUGUACCCAUCUCAGAAGUUGCUGAAUCUGGUCCAGGUUUGGCCUUCAUAGCCUAUCCUCGAGCUGUGUCCAUGAUGCCUUUCUCCCCUUUAUGGGCCUGCUUCUUCUUCAUUAUGAUUGUCUUUCUGGGACUGGACAGCCAAUUUGUGUGUGUAGAGAGCCUGGUAACAGCCAUGGUGGACAUGUAUCCCGCCACCUUCCGCCGUAAAAACCGCAGGGAGCUCUUCAUCCUGGCCGUGGCUGUGGUGUCCUUCCUCAUGGGCCUCAUCAUGCUCACAGAGGGAGGAAUGUAUGUCUUCCAGCUCUUUGACUACUAUGCAGCUAGUGGGAUGUGUCUACUCUUCGUGGCUAUUUUUGAGACCGUUUGCAUUGCUUGGAUUUAUGGCGCUGACCGUUUCUAUGACAACAUAGAGGACAUGAUUGGCUAUCGCCCCGGCCCUGUCAUCAAAUACUGCUGGCUUUUCUUCACCCCUGCGACAUGCUUUGGAACCUUUGCCUUCGCCUUGAUCAAGUACUCACCUCUGAAGUACAACAAUGAAUAUAUAUACCCAUGGUGGGGCAAUGGGAUAGGCUGGAUCCUGGCCCUGUCCUCCAUGCUGUGUAUCCCUCUCUGGGUGGCAGUGAAGCUGCACUACACCCCUGGAACACUGAGAGAGCGCCUUGCUCUCUUGACCACUCCUUCCACUGACUUACCGAAGACAAAGCAGGAGCAAGAGAAGCUGCUCGCCAUCUUCGCAGCAGACGGGGACAGCCUCCAUCAGAAAGCACCUCCUACUAAGGACGGUUACUUCCCUGUCGAUGAAAAAGAGUCCCAUUGCUAAAGACCGGGGGGUUGAAGUCAGAUCCUCGUAGGGGGUCAAAGGUCACUCCUCAACUUUGACUCUCUGUCUGGCCCCCUUCCCAACUCACUCUGCAAUACCUCACCAGACAAAGAGAGGAAACACGGACAGAAGCAGAGUUUUAAGAGUCACCUGACCUGUAACUGCUGAUCUGCUGCUGGAGUGUUCUCCUUUGUACGCUGCCUUUCAACAUACAGUAUGAUGGCAUCAACAUGCUUACUUAAAGAUUUACAUCCUUUUUAAGAGAGCUGCUUAUCAUCUCAUUUGCCAGUGGCAGAGUCACAUGUACAUUUGCAAAAAUGUGGCCAUUGUUGUUACACAGUGGCUAAGAAUUUACAUUUGAUCGUGUCUGCUUUCCAAGGAAGCAUUGUUUUUUUUUGUUUUUUUUCUGUUAUGGACAUCUCUAGUGUUCAGUUAGUCUGACAUGACAUUCCAGCUACUUUACUGAUUCUAACAGCUGUCUGCUGCAGACGGAGCACAGGAGGUGUCGCGUGAGUGCACAGAUCAUGAAAGUCCACUUGAAUAAACUCUUGUGUGUUUAAAUGCACUUCGGUAAUGUAUACAGUACAGCUGUAUUGUGUAUUCAAGUCAAUCAUACCGACAGUUCAACUAAAGCAUACUAAUAACCGAUUCUUGAGAAUGCAAGAAUUCCAUUUUAAAUUCACAUUUACCUGAACUGACCACAACUCAUCUCCAUCUAAGUUUUUCUGUUGGUAUUUCAUAUUAAAGCUACUGUGUUCAUUGACUCAAUGUAUGUUUUUUUUUUCUUUUGCUUUACUGAGCUUUGCAGAGCAGCAUGAAUAUUUUACAUGCUGUAAAAUUGUUAGUCCUCUGAUUAUUGACAUGAUUUUAAUUCUGUUGGUGUCACCUCAUCUCUAAUGCAUUGAAUUGUAUGAAAUUAAAAUGUAAAGUGCCUGAGGGAGACAGCUGUGCCGCUUAGACAGUGUGAACAGGGAAGGAUAUAAUGGUUGAACGGAUUCAUUCUGAAAUGAACAUCUCUUUUUCUGCUAUAAUAAUGAAGUUCAGCCUGUUUUUCUUUGGUGGUAAUGCUGGAAUGAAAAUAUGAUAAUUGAUUACUGAUGGGGAACACUUUUACAUAUGUAACUUUUAUAUGCUAAAAUUAUUUUUUAUGACCGAAUAAAAAUACCUUCAUUUGAAAAGUACAUUUGUAUUGAAAUAUACAUUAUGUUGAUAUUCUAUGGGUCAUAAAAUUCAUUAUUCAAUACAUGAAUGAUCAUUUACAUCGCAGAAAAUGUAUGUUUCUUAAUUGCUUCUAUUUUGAUG